UCCAUUCCUUUCUGUCUCUGCCAAAGUUACCCAUCGCUUUGCUACAACUUCAGAUCAAUUGCCUUAUUGCCUGGCCAAUCCUUCCCGGAAGCCACCAUUUCUGAUCCACCAGACAAAAAUGGAGGGCCCGGGUAACCCAUUGGCCAUGGUGGUCAAGGUUGUAGCAGUUUUGCUGGUUAUAACAUCAUCAUGCUGGGGACGCAAGGAAAAAGAUCUGCAAGGCAGAUGGGAGCUACUAUUGGAGAACGCCGGAAUUGCUGCAAUGCACACAAUUGUGAUGCACAACAACAAAGUCAUAAUGUUCGACAGACCGAACCACGGAUCCAACAUCACCAGAACCAGCCCGCCGUGCACUAAUGUAAGACCGCCUCUUCCAAUCGAUUCAGAUUGCUGGGCGCACUCCAUAGAAUACGACAUUGCCACCAACAAAGUGAGGCCUCUACAUAUUCUGACCGACACCUGGUGCUCUUCUGGUGCUCUGUCCAGCAACGGCACGCUGGUCCAAACGGGCGGGUGGGGACCGGCUGGGGCGUUCAAUGUCCGCUACUACACGCCCUGCUCGGACGGUACCUGUGACUGGGUGGAGUCCGUCACAGAGAAGAUGCUUGGCCCAAGAUGGUAUGCUUCCGAUCAGAUCUUACCCGACAACCGGAUCAUCGUCGUGGGAGGAACGGAUAACCAAUUCAAUUAUGAAUUCGUCCCGAAGCGUUCGGGUGAAGGGCUUUUCGAUCUGCCUUUUCUCAAUCAAACCAACGAUUUCGAGCAGAACAAUUUGUACCCAUUUCUACACCUGUCCUCGGACGGUAAUAUCUUCAUCUUCGCCAACAGGGACUCAAUUCUGCUCGACUACAAGAACAAUAAAGUCAUCCGGACUUUUCCCACCAUGCCUGGCGGUGGCGCACGGAACUACCCGAGCACCGGGUCGUCCGUUAUGCUUCCCUUAGACUUCUCUAAUGGUUUCAAAACAGUGGAGAUCAUGAUCUGCGGAGGAGCACCCGUGGGAUCCUUUUCGAGGUCCGAGGCGAACAAGAAGUCCAAUGGUCAGGUCUAUUUAGAGGCGCUCAAGAGCUGCGGGAGAAUGGAGAUCACGUCUGAAAAUCCAGUGUGGGAAAUGGAGGACAUGCCAGGUCCCCGGGUAUUGAACGACAUGAUCAUACUUCCCACCGGCGAAAUCCUCAUAAUCAAUGGGGCUCGAAACGGAUCCGCCGGUUGGCAAGAUGCCCGGAUACCCGUGCUGAACCCGUGGCUCUACAGGGCCGAAAACCCGGCGGGUAAACGAUUCACCGUGCUGGCUCCUUCCACCAUUCCUCGAAUGUACCAUUCUACUGCAAAUCUUCUUCCCGACGGGCGCAUUCUGGCGGCCGGAAGUAACGCCAACGAUAAUUAUACUUUCACAGAUGAUGUGUACUCGAAAACUGAGCUCCGGGUGGACGCCUACAGUCCUUAUUAUCUCGACCCGGUUUAUAACCGGAUUAGGCCCAAUAUUACUUAUGUUAAGCCCUGGGCUGCCAUUCCAUAUGGGUCUGAAUUUCUUGUGAAUUUUACUGUUUCUGGAAAAUUAAGCUCAGAUGUUCGUUUUCAUGUCUACGCUCCUCCCUUCACAUCUCACUCGUGGUCGAUGAAUCAGAGAAUGUUGUCUCUGGCGGCGGCCUCACCCAUCGUUAAAGAGAAGAAGAGUGGGAAAAGAUUUUAUUGGGUGGUUUUGACGGCGCCGCCAAGUCCUGUGGCGGCUCCUUCUGGGUUUUAUAUGCUCACCAUUGUCAAUGGCGGUGUUCCCAGCCAGGCCCAAUGGAUUCACUUUGGCUGAAUUUAUGCCCAGCUGGGUGGUUUUUUGUUGUUCUUGUUAUCUGAAAUAAUUCAGGCUCUUAGUGCCUGCAGUUCGAGGAAUGUA